ACCCUCCCCGCGCCGCUCGCCUCGGCCCGGCGCUGCUCCGCGCUCAGCUGCUGGGCGGGCAGGGCGGCCGGAGCGAGGGGGAGGGGAGCCGCAAGGACAUGGGCUGUCUCUGAGCGCCGGGGGAGGGCAGCCGUCGUGCAUGUGCCUCUCUGUAUUUUAAUAACUGUUUGUCAUUGGGUGCUGUGGGGUUUUAUUUUUUUCCUUUUUCUGUUCUCCCCGGGGCGGAGGGGAGUCCAGCGGCCCCUGGGGCGCCUGUAUGGCUCCUCUACUCCGGAGCGCCCCUGCGAAAUAAAAUCCGCCAGAGGCCAGGUGACGUCCCCCGCCUCCGCUCUCACUCGGGGAGCGGCAGAGGCGGGGGAGCUCCCGACUGUGGAAACAUGGAAGGACCCUCGGGCCCGCCGGAGGAGGGGGACUUGCCUCUCCUCACCGUCAAGCACGAGCUGCGGAACGCAAAUUUGACAGGCCAUGCAGAGAAAGUUGGCAUUGAAAACUUUGAACUCCUGAAAGUUCUCGGAACGGGAGCUUAUGGGAAAGUAUUCCUAGUAAGGAAAGUAAGCGGCCAUGAUGCCGGAAAGCUGUAUGCCAUGAAAGUACUGAAGAAGGCAACAAUAGUUCAAAAAGCCAAAACAACUGAGCACACAAGGACAGAACGCCAAGUGUUGGAGCAUAUUAGGCAAUCACCGUUUUUGGUCACAUUACAUUAUGCCUUUCAGACAGAUACAAAGCUUCAUCUCAUUUUAGAUUAUAUAAAUGGAGGAGAACUGUUUACUCAUCUUUCACACAGAGAGAAAUUCUCAGAAAAUGAGGUGCAGAUUUACAUUGGAGAAAUAGUUUUGGCACUUGAACAUCUCCACAAGUUGGGGAUUAUAUAUCGGGAUAUAAAACUUGAGAACAUUCUCCUCGAUUCCGAUGGUCAUGUGGUGCUGACAGACUUUGGUCUGAGUAAGGAGUUUCUUACUGAUGAGAAUGAGAGAGCAUAUUCCUUCUGUGGAACGAUAGAAUACAUGGCUCCAGAUAUUGUAAAAGGAGGAGACACAGGACAUGAUAAGGCUGUUGAUUGGUGGAGUGUUGGUGUUCUUAUGUAUGAAUUAUUAACUGGAGCAUCACCAUUUACAGUUGAUGGAGAGAAGAAUUCCCAAGCAGAAAUUUCUAGGAGAAUACUAAAAAGUGAGCCACCUUAUCCACAAGAAAUGAGUGCAUUGUCCAAGGAUAUUAUUCAGCGUCUUUUGAUGAAAGACCCGAAGAAGAGGCUAGGUUGUGGUCCCACUGAUGCAGACGAAAUCAAACAGCAUCCUUUUUUCCAGAAUAUGAAUUGGGAUGAUUUAGCUGCCAAAAAAGUACCGGCUCCAUUUAAACCAGUAAUCAGAGAUGAGUUGGAUGUGAGUAAUUUUGCAGAAGAGUUUACAGAAAUGGAUCCAACAUAUUCUCCUGCAGCAACCCCUCAGACAUCAGAAAGAAUAUUUCAGGGGUAUUCUUUCGUUGCACCUUCUAUUUUGUUUAAGCGCAAUGCAGCUACAGUAGAUCCUCUUCAGUUUUAUAUGGGGGAUGAGCGGCCUGGAGCUACAACUAUUGCCAGAAGUGCUAUGAUGAAGGACUCUCCAUUUUAUCAUCAUUAUGAACUGGAUCUGAAAGAGAAACCAUUGGGAGAAGGAAGUUUUUCCAUUUGUCGAAAGUGCUUACACAAGAAAACUAGCCAAGAGUAUGCAGUAAAAAUAAUUAGCAAAAGAAUGGAAGCCAACACCCAGAGAGAAAUAACAGCUCUAAAACUCUGUGAAGGACACCCGAAUGUAGUGAAGUUACAUGAAGUUUAUCAUGACCAGCUUCACACAUUUCUAGUAAUGGAACUGCUGAAGGGAGGGGAAUUGCUUGAGCGCAUUCAGAAAAAGAAACAUUUCAGUGAGACUGAAGCCAGUCACAUUAUGCGCAGACUCGUUUCAGCAGUGAGCCAUAUGCAUGAUGUUGGAGUUGUCCAUAGAGAUCUUAAACCUGAGAAUUUAUUGUUUACAGAUGAAACAGACAAUUCAGAAAUAAAAAUAAUUGAUUUUGGGUUUGCUCGUCUGAAACCACCUGACAACCAACCUCUUAAGACUCCCUGUUUUACUCUGCACUAUGCUGCACCUGAGCUCUUGAAUCACAACGGCUAUGAUGAGUCCUGUGAUCUGUGGAGCCUGGGGGUCAUUUUGUAUACAAUGCUAUCAGGACAGGUACCAUUUCAGUCUCAUGACAAAAGUUUAACAUGUACCAGUGCAUUGGAAAUCAUGAAGAAAAUAAAAAAGGGAGAAUUCUCCUUUGAAGGAGAAGCUUGGAAAAAUGUUUCUGAAGAGGCUAAAGAGUUAAUUCAAGGGCUUCUAACGGUGGAUCCAAACAAAAGAAUUAAAAUGUCCAGCCUGCGAUACAACGAAUGGCUUCAGGAUGGCAGUCAGCUCUCAUCCAACCCUCUAAUGACUCCUGACAACUUAGGCUCUUCAGGAGCUGCAGUGCAUACAUAUGUCAAAGCCACUUUUCAUGCCUUUAACAAGUAUAAAAGGGAAGGAUUUUGUCUCCAAAAUGUUGACAAGGCACCUCUUGCAAAGAGAAGGAAAAUGAAAAAAACAAGUACAAGCACAGAAACACGUAGCAGCUCCAGUGAAAGUUCACAUUCUUCUUCCUCUCAUUCUCAUGGUAAAACUACACCUACAAAGACACUGCAGCCAACAAACCCUACAGACAGCAAUAACCCAGAAACCAUCUUCCAGUUCUCAGACUGAAAAGCAGAGAAUAUCCUGCCUUGAAGAUUUAAGUUGUUAUAAACUUGGCAGUACGUAUAUUGUCUUCUCCCACCUCUUCUCCCUGUGGCUUAAAGGCUACAGGAUUGUGUCUGUCGCUUUAAAAAUGUAUUUCAAUCCUACCUUUUUAGCUUUGUAUUUCAAUACAUUUCUUUUUUAGCAUUAAGUUUGGUAUCACUGGAUAUGGUAUAAUACUAUUAUACAAUUAACAUUGUAUUCUCUUAGGGCUAAAUUACUAGUGUGCAGUCUAGCUCAAGGUAAGGAGCUGUGCUGCUCAUGGUACAGCGUGGAGGAAGACUUUCUCUGUCAGAAUCUUCCUUCAUUUCUUCUCCACUGUUUAAAGAAAUGAAAACUCUGUAACAUGUAUUGGAACUCUUGGAUCUUCUUUUAGCCAGCUGUGUGAAGAAUGUCAUAGAAUUUGGUUCUUCAUGCAUGUAAAGAAUGAUUGGUACAGUGCCCCAAAACAGUAUAGUACUUUAAGGCCUUUUAAAUUUGUGGGUGCAGUCUAUCCCAUUUCUGUUAAUUUUAAGAGCAAGAUGAGACAUUAUGGAACUCUUAUAUCAUUUAAAAAAGUAACUCCCUAUAUCUUGUUCAAAACAAUUAGGAAUAUAAAUCUUAUAUUUGAGAGUUUAACUUAUUUAAUUUUUAAACAAACAACUAGGGCAAAAGAUGCCUGAAAGGCUGAGAUGUGUAGUGCUGUGAUACGGUCAUUUUUAUUUCUACUUUUUCAAAGUGAUGAACUUUUAAAAUGUUUUAGAGGUUCUAAAAUGUAAAACUAUAAGAGAAAGCAAAAUUUCCUAUGAAGUCCUUUGGAAAACGGUCACAUCUUAAAAUCUCUAUUUCAAGAAAUAACUAUAAUUUAUAUUUUCUGUUUUAUAUUUACAUAAGUUUAAAAUACUAAGGUAUUUUUAAAGAUGCAAAAACCUCCAGUUUCAACAUUUGUUAUUUUAGGGUCCAUACAAAAUGUAUACCGAGUUAUUGGAAUUUUAUGUUGUGCAAAUAUGGCUGUUUAAUAGUGACUGUAAAAUAUUAGAAUAUAUAUUUUCUUUUUUUUGGGCACUUUAUAACAUCGAAAGGAGAUGUUUUAUAAUAAAGUGCACACAGAUCUCUCUUCCUACAAGGUGCUGAGCACUGUUUUACUGGUUUGAAUGACUUGAAAUCCACUGUACUUUGUGGUAGUGGUCAUUGUGAAGGAGAACUCUGUACUUUGCAGGAGUGAAUCCCUGUAUACUACCCACUGUUUUCAUUCCUCCCUUCAAAAUGCAAAGAUCUUUCUAUCUUGCUUUUACAUUGUAUAUAACAAAUACUAGACCUGAGCACCUUGUGUAGUGUAGAUGUUAACAACUUAUGCACUGGGAAUACUAAAGGGAAAUGAUUUUGAACACUGUGCUUCACAACUUGUUCACUGUGGUGUUCUACAGUGAAGUAUUUCCUACUGUGAUAGUAUAGUAUGUACAUAACUGUUUGGAAUUAUAAAUGUGACUUACAGAAACAUCAGCAUAAACUUUUAAAUCAGUCUAUUUUAUAACUUUAUUGCGAGCUCUUUUCUUGCUCGUGUUCUCAGUGACUAGGAGUAACUUAAGUGCAAAAGAGAACUCCAGUUUUGCAAAUGCUUACAUGCCUAAGUUCCCACUGAAGACAGAGAGAGUCCUUCUGUAAAGUUAAUCAUGUGUCUAAAUUGUGUGAUGGAAGAAUAAUUGACUAGGGGAUUUUGUUAACAGCUUGCUUGAUCUUAAAGUAACCUUAAUCCAAAUCCUAUGCAAAAAAGGUUAUAGGAAAUGUUUAUAUUGGUGGGUUUAUUUAAAGGAAUAGAUCAAAUAUCAGUAUUGACAAAUAAAAUACAUCCAUGUUUACAGGGAUUGUGUGUAUCAAAACAAGGCUUUGAAGCCCAACAUGUUUGUUCUGUGUUUCUUUAAUAUUAAUAAUGGCAUUCUGAGGUUUUGGAAUUGCUCAUGUGAAAUAGUUUACUAUUUUCUUGAUGUGAAUGUCAACAGUAAUUGCAGCAUUAAUUUCAGGUUGAUGUGAAUAUUGAGAUUUGCACUGUUUAUGUAGAAGUAGUAUAUUUAAAGAUCAGUGUAUGUGCUAAAACACAACCAAUUUUAAGUGGCCGCUGUUAAAAUAUUGAGAAGUAGUUGUCAAUGUAAUAUAUUCAGGUUUGCUUUCUGAAUGCUCUCUUUGGAAGUAAUCUCAAUAGUGAACAUGGCUCAUUUGUAAAAGAGUACUUUCCCUCUCCCCAGUAAACUUGCUGUAAAUACCACAAACAAUCCAACAUUAGUACUUGUCAUGCAGAGAGUACAAGUAGAUCAGGAGGUGGGAGAACAGGUUGACUGUAAAAUUUGGACUUUGAGGAGUUCCUGGAAUUUGGUGUCUUCAGGAUUAAGGACAUCAGGAAAGCAGUUUUUGGUUUGAUAGCAUUUUAGUGUGAGAAACUUGUGAAUACUUGGAAUGUUCUGACCCAGGUGAACUGAUUUUUUAGUUAGAAACACAAUGCAGUUGUUUCUCUAUUGGGAAUUAAACUGUUGCUUGACAGAGUGAUGAGCCAAGACAAAGAAUGCUUGCACAAGAUUCUAAAUGCUCGAGGUAAUGGCUGUAUUGCCAGAGGUUUUUCACAUAGGUUUUGAGAGGUUGUUGCCAGACUAAAAGUAGACUACAGCAUUUGUAUCAAAGACAACUUUUAUUGAUUAAUAUUUUUGUAUCUUCUCUGUGCUCUAACAGUAGUUCUUAAAUAAAGAAACUUAAAACAAGGUAAUUCUUUUUGGCAGGGGUAAGUACACUUAGGUGUCACCUUGCAUUUGCUUUGAAGCAGUUACGUGAGGUACCUGAAGUGUUUAUCACCUCUGACUUUCUGCUGCCUCCAGGUAACAGAGCUCUUGAGUAAGUGUAUUUGACAUUAAAUUGUCUGAAUGUUUAGAUUAGCGUUUUGCCUAAACAAGUGCUGAUCUCUGUUUACACUGAUAAAACUGAGGUUCAAUCUAGGCAGCUCAAGGGGACAUUUACUUGCUCAGAUGUUCUUGCAGGGCACUAAGUAACUCUUGGCAGAACAGUGUUGUGUCAGCUUAAUCUGUUGCCCAGCCUGACACUGCAGGUCAUGAAAAGACCAUAGGCCAAAUUUUCUUACCGCUAUUUCAGAUCUGAAGUCUACAAGCCAAUCUUCAUUAGUACUUUAAAUACUUUACAUUGUCUUAGUAAAUAAUUAUGUUUAUACUCAGAUUAGUUUUUCUUCACAGUGCUGCUAUGCAUCAAGCAACGUUAAUGUCUAAUAACGAUAACUCACUAUUGUCAGAAAUGUAACACAGCAAUACUGUGGGCAGAUAUGCUUGAAAAAAUCAAGUGUCUGUUAGUAAACAUCUAAGUAACUAGUGUGGUUAUCAAUCCAAUCUUUAAAUUAGUCAAUAUUCUCUAAAGCUAUUUCAUUGCAAUACUUUCAGAAACACAGAUAUUAGUAAUUAAGAGGUAGUUCUGCCACAGGGUUUAGAGUGCAAAGGAAGUUACAUGACUUACUGUUCUGGCUUUGGGAAGUUAGGGAAAAGCAGCUGAAAUAUUUCUUGUUUCUUAAUAGAAGAGUCAGUGCAUUACUCAUAUAUGUAUUGUUCAAUGCUGUGGAAAAAAAAAACCACAAACACUUUUAUUAAAAUGCUUUAUUAAACAAUCUUGGAAGAGUAACACAAAAAUGCAGUAUUGCAUCAGAAUGGAUUGAGGCUUCAAGUUGGCGUUGCUGGUUAAUCUGUUUUCUCAGCUCUUUUCCAUGGCUACUUUUCUGAACAAGAUUAUGCUACCUUUGCAGCCAUGUUCCCCAGCAAUCAUGCAGGGGCAGAAUAACUCUUGGCAGAAAACCUUUGCAGAAUGAUGAUGUGUGUUUAUUGGUUGUGAUUAAAUGUUGAACAAGUGUCUUACAUGUUUAAUAUGUGCAUGCAUUAUGUGCAUGUCUAUAGACACAUGCUGUAUGGUACCUCUAGGCCUCAGUUUAAAGUAACAUGCCUUGUUUAAGAGAACCUGUACUUAAAAGUGACUGCUUGACUCAUACAGAAUCAGAGGACAAGACAAGGUGUCUACUGCAGUAGAAGUUGGUUAUGGGAAGUCAGAGGUGACAGGAUUCUGGGAAGAUGUUUGCAGGUGUGAAUUUCUUCCCUUGCCAUAUUCAUAUGUAUGUUGUUUUCAGAGACACUGAAUUGGAAGCUUUCUCACCACUUACCCAGCAUAAACCCAUUACCUAACUCUGCAGGUCUGUGAGUAUGUGUGUGUGUGUGUCUACACAUGUGUAUCUUUAGGUGACACUUUGGUCUUCAGUUGAAGUUUUUUGUUGUUUCUCAAGUGUCAUUCCAGGUGGUUUUACCAAGCUGGUGGUCUUUGUUCUUUUCCCUCGUACAUGACAGUCUUUCUCAGCACCAGUUCUUGCACUUCAAAAUAUGGCAUUGCUUUCCUUCAGUUGAGAUAGUUGACUGAAUAUUCUGUGUUGAGAGUACAGGAAAGAAUGUGACUGGUUUUUAUUGUAAAGGGUUAAAAGUGCUUUGAUCCUUGUCUGUGAGAAAUACUUCUCAGUUGGCUCCUUUAACCCACAGGACACUGGGUUUUGUAAAAGAUAAGAAAUGCAAAGCUAUUGACUAGCUGUUGCCUGCCAUCCAGCAGUUUUAUAUAUCACUAUAUUGAGUAGAUUUUUGAUGUUCAGAACACCAAUGUAGAAAAGAAAACUUAGGAUGAUUCCUGUAGUUUGCACUAUUAAAUAAAGUGAUGCUUUCAAUUA